AUGUCCUCCAAUCAAAAUGCUUAUGCAUCAAUCGGAUACAAGUUUCUUUUGCUAGAGCAUGUUGCAUUGCAAGAUCCACUAAGUGUAUCAGUUGCCAUUCUCCACCAGUUUGAUAUUCUUCCUGAUAUGUAUCAAAUUGGUUAUACAAAGUUGUUCUUUAGAACUGGACAGAUUGGAAAGCUUGAGGAUACAAGGAACCGAACUCUUAAUGACAUAUUGCGUGUUCAAAGCUGCUUUAGAGGUCACAAAGCUCGUCAAUAUUUGAAGGAACUUAAACGAGGAAUUUUCACUCUUCAGUCAUAUGUUCGUGGUGAAAAAACCAGAAAGGAGUUUGUGGUAUUGCUACAAAGACAUAGGGCGGCUGUUUUUAUACAGAAACAGAUUAAAUCAAAAGUAAGCAAGAAAAGAUUUGAAGACAUUCAUGGCGCUACUGUUGUGUUACAAGCUGUUAUACGAUGGUGGUUGGUUAGAAGAUGCUCAGGGGAUAUUACACUACUUCAAUUUGGUUCUGGAAAGAGCAAUGAAUAA